AGGGGGGCGGGGGUGUGGUGAAGAAAGGCGAUAGUAACGCUCAGGAUCGGCUAGUGGCAGAUUCACGAAAAAGUUUACGCACUUUUAUCGACGUAGUUGGAAUGCAAAGCGGUGGACGUUACUCCGAAAAUCACACUCGGGCCCAAUGGAGUCGCUACAGUCAGCUGGGCAUCACGUCCUGUUGUGAUAAACAAGUAAUGAACGGGAAAAACACGCAAUUAAAUAAUGGAAGGAAUGCUGUAUAAGUGGACCAAUUACAUAAGUGGUUGGCAGCCUCGCUGGUUUGUGCUUCAUGGAGGAACUUUGUCCUACUAUGACUCUCAAGAAGAUGCCUGGAAAGGGUGCAAGGGCAGCAUUAAAAUUUCCGUUUGUGAAAUCCAAGUUCAUUCCUCUGACUCUACACGAGUUGACCUGACCAUACCAGGAGAGCAGUACUUUUACCUCAGAGCCAUCAAUGCAGCAGAAAGGCAGAAAUGGCUGGUGGCGCUGGGAACAGCCAAAGCUUGCCUUACAGACAACCGAACCAAGAGAGAAAAAGAGCUUCAGGAGAAUACAGAGGCGCUGAAAACUAAGAUGUCAGAACUCAGAUUGUACUGUGACCUUCUCCUCCAACAAGUAAACAAGAUCAAGGAGAAUGAUGAGCUAGGAGACACGCCAGAGAUGGGUCUAGACACUGGGAAUAUGGUGAAGUCUACAUGCACGACUUUCCUUAAGACUCUAGAGGAAUGCAUGCAGAUAGCAAAUCGUACUUUCACUACAGAUUUGGCAACACAGAGUCCACCAGGAACUCCUCCAGUAGCACCCAUCAAACCUCAGAAGAUUAAACACAGCCAUCAUUUAAAUCAGAACCUUGGAGAAAAGUGGAAAGAUUUGUCCGAAACCUCAGGAGAAACAAUUGCACAUGACAGCCAGACCCUUGACUCCAGGCCAGAGGGACCAGAUGAGCCAGGCAGACCAGAAAACCAAUCUUCUCCAUCAGACACUGAAACAGCCAGCAGCUCAGAAGUCCACAAGGAUCAAGUUAAUCCUAGCUUACCUACUACCCAGACCACCCCUGAGAUUGAACACUAUGACCAGCCAGCAGAGGGGGAUGACGAGAGUGAAGAUGAUGAACAAAAGCAGAUAGGACAAGAGCAGAUGGACAAAGUGGACCAAAGUCAGACGCAUGACAACAACAAUGGGGACGUGAAGGAUUUUCGACUUCAGCACCAAGAAGAGGGUGAAGAAGAAGGCGAGAUUCCCAGAAAGUCAACUGAGUCAGAAGACACAGAGCAGGUGGAAACAUUCUUCAGCACAAUGAGUCACAGAUUUAGUGAUAUAAGACUGGAUGACGACAAUGGUAUCCCUACACAAGAGUUUUUGGACUCAUGCUAUGCAAUAGUACCUGUAUUAGACAAACUGGGAUCCACAGUGUUUGCGCCAGUUAAAAUGGAUUUUGUCGGAAACAUAAAGAAAAUUCACCAGAAGCUGAGGUCAGACCCUGAGAGCUUUUCUACACUACAGUCUAUUGUGCUGCAUGAAGUAGAGACAGAUGUUGCCCAGGUGCGCAAUUCUGCAACAGAGGCUCUGCUGUGGCUCAGACGAGGGCUGAAGUUCCUCAAGGAGUUUCUGUCAGAAGUCAACGCUGGAGAGCAAGACAUCCAGGGAGCACUAAACAACGCUUAUGGGAAGACUCUUCGGCAGUACCACGGAUGGGUUGUCCGUGGUGUAUUUGCUUUGGCGCUCAGAGCUUCCCCGUCUUAUCAAAGUUUCACAGCUGCUUUAGUGUCAAGAGAAGGUGACGAGCUGAAGAGCGAUUUUAUCAACGGCAUGCACAGGGAUCUGGGAGUGUAUCUGCCUGCCAUGGAGAAGCAGCUGGCCAUUCUUGAUGCAUUAUAUGAACAAUACAACCUUGAGUCUGACGAGGUGGUGUGAAAUAAGAACAAGAGAUGCUCACGGUUCAGAGAAGAACAGAGCCCCUCUGAAUGGGCAGAGUAGUGGCUAACUGCUGGAAGAAAGGUGUACAAAGUAGUGUGAGACUGUCUCGUGUCAUUUUGAGACGUUUCAGUAGUUUUAAAACUCUACAGCAGGAGAGGUUUUGGUAUGAAGAGGGUGUUCAUGUGUGUACUUACGACCCGAGAAG